CCGCUUCCCAGCGAACCCCCCCUCCCCCUCCGCCACCAGCAGCCAGCCCGCCCGGCGACCGCUAUCACCGCCAUCUUCCCCGCCCUCUCCGCCUUACCAGCUUGCGCCUGCACCGCUGCAAGAUCCGCGCGACCACCAGGCCAACUAGCACGACGUCGCCUCGUUGACUCGAAGCGUCCUCGCCCUCCCUCUCUCCUCCUCUUCGCUCAGCCGCACCACCACCGCCGCCGCUCCACCACCACCUCCCCUCCUUCUUGGGCACCCGCACCACCACCAUGGGCGCCGCACAAGACCUCCCGUUCGGCUUCUCGCCCCAGUCGGGCGAGUUCGAGGACCAGUUCGACCCGCUCAAGUUCGAGGACGACGAGUUUGCGCUCGGCGACGACGACCUCGACGAGUCGGGCUUCUUCGGCGACGACCACGACGGGUCGCUCGAGCCGUCGUCGGCCUCGGGCUCGCAGUUCGUCAAGAAGAAGCGCAACAACAACCGCAAGGGCCCGCAGAACGCCGACAAGCGUGCGACCCACAACGCCGUCGAGCGCAAGCGUCGCGAGAGCCUCAACACGCGCUUCAUCGACCUCGCCAAGGCGCUCCCGACGACCAAGCACAUCAAGCGCCCGUCCAAGGCCGUCAUCGUCAGCAAGGCGCUCGACUACGUCUACGACGCGUCGGCUCGCGAGCACGCGCUCACCAAGGAGAACAACGAGCUGCGCUGCGAGGUCGACCAGCUCCGCAUCCGCCUCGGCAUGCCCCCUCUGCCGCCUCCUGUCGGCCUCCCCGAGCACCGCGCCGCGACUCAGGCGACGCUCCGCAAGAACCUGCGCAACGAGUCGACCGUCCCGCCCGAGCCGUCGUCGUCGUCGUCGUCGGCGCCGACCGCCGUCCAGCAGCCGACGACCCCGCUCGACGAGUCGCCGGCGGGCUCGUCGUCGUCGUACCUCGGCGGCGCCGUCGCCGCCGUCCACCAGUCGGCGAGCCCGGCCUCGAUCGCGAGCGCGACGCCGAGCUCUGCCGCGUCGGCCCUGUUCGACGUGACGUCGCCCGAGCUCGCGUCGGCCGUCGCGUACCCUGCCUUCUUCUCGACGGCGCCCGUCGCGGCGGCCUCGUCGUCAUCGGAGCUCGGUGGCUCGCCGGCCGAGGCGCCCCUCGCGCUCGGCAGCGCGCCGUCGCCCGUCACGUCGGCGCCGUCGUUCUACCCGGUGCCGACGAGCCUGCCCUCGGCGUUCGCGCACCAGCAGCACGCGCAGGCGCAGGCGCAAGCGCAGGCGCAGGUGCACGCGGCGCACGCCUACUCGGCCGCGCUCGCGACGGGCAACCCUGCCCUGCUCGGCCAGUUCUACGCCAUGCAGCAGCAGCAGGCGCAGCAGCAGCAGCAGCAGCAGCAGCAGCAGCAGCCGUUCGGUGGGCCGGCGUACCUCAGCCCGCAGGUCCUCCUCGCGCUCCAGCAGCAGCAGGCGGCGCACGCGCACGCCCAGGCGCAGGCCCACUUUGCGCCCGACUGGAUGAGCCCGAUCGGCGCGUCGCCGCCGCAGUCGACGGGCAUGUUCGCCGCGUCGUUCUGAGUUCGUCGCUCGUCGCGGUCGUUCGUCGCCGUCGUCGUCGUCGGCCGGGUUCUCGUGUCCCUCGCCCUUUCUCUCAUCCUCGCCUCCCUUCCUUCUCUGUCGUAACGCUCCCCUUACCCUUAGCCUUUCCCCCAUGUGUCCCCCCAUCUUGUGCGCCCGCUUGCUCUCGACCCACUCGUGUUUCUCUUUGUGCAAAACACGGCGCUUGCGUCAUUUUCUUCCCUUC